GAGUUAAAUACUCUGAUGCAUUCAUCUCCGCAGCACUCUGAGCCUCUACGGAACGUCUCCCACCUCAGCACAGGAAGGGAAAUCUACAUUGCCGAGAUGCCGGAUCAAGUACAAGAGCAAAAGUUGAAGAUCUCUGCCUCCCGUAAGAUCAUGCUUAAGAGCUUAAUGGUGGCCAAGGCGAAGGAAGAGAUGGAGCAGGAGACUGUGGAUAAAGAGGAGGAGAAGGAGAGGUAUCUGGCAGAGAGAGCUCCUCCCUUACAGACAGGUGGCUUGUCCUUUGCUGAGCUCCAGGAGUUAUGUCAGGAGUUACAUGCCAAGGUUGAUGUGGUGGAUGAGGAGCGAUAUGACAUUGAAGCCAAAGUCAUGCACAACACCAGAGAGAUCAAGGACCUGAACAUCAAGGUUCUGGACCUCAGGGGGAAGUUCAAGCGGCCCAACCUGAGGAGGGUGAGGGUCUCUGCUGACGCCAUCCUGCGCUCCCUUCUGGGCUCCAAACACAAGGUCUCAAUGGACCUCCGGACAAACCUCAAGUCAGUCAAGAAGGAGGACACAGAGAAGGAGAAGACAGUGGAGGUCAGUGACUGGAGGAAGAACGUGGAGGCCAUGUCUGGCAUGGAGGGGAGGAAGAAGAUGUUUGACGCAGCCAAAGGCCCCGCUCCGUAGACACAGAAGAGAAUACUCAACAUUUGGAUACCUUGUUUCGUGUUUCUUUCAUUUUUAUUAGUCCUGGACAUUCCAAAUGUACGAAUGGUUUGCCUUUUUAUCUCUUGUGAGUGUAUCUGCUUCAUGUUUCGGUGCCAUUAAUAACAUUGUUUUAUUCUUUGUUCAGCGUGGCUUAUAUAGUACAAACUGUAAGCUAAUGGCAAUUGUAUGUUAUUUUGUUAUGGGUGAAAAAUGGCAUGAAGACAAUUUCUGCUUUAACCUUACCGAUAAUAUUGGCCUGAGAAUAAAUGAUAAAGUAAAGUAAGCCAGUCUUACUUUAAAGCUGUAGAUAAUGUAGAUGUUUUGCUUGCUGGCUUAUCCUUCUA